AUCGCCUCGACAGGCUAGCUACAGCUUUUGAAUAACCUGAAAAGAUGAUUGGAAUAUCGGUAGCCACGAUUGUUGCAAUUGCUAUUGCCGGAACCGUUCACGGAAUCCCACUUCAAAAGGAGGUCCCAGGAGAGAACUGUCGGAGAAAGAUCGAUUCCGUUUUAGAAGCCAGAUCUGAGUGUGACUACUUCGCAUUUCUUCCAUUGGAAGUCUCCUACAUCAACUGGAACGAAUUGAGCUACCUCGGAGAAAUAAGUUCGACUUGCUGCGAAAGUGUCUGCUCCUAUUGUUUCCGCUACCUCGAUGGUGUUGUGACACCAUCUGAUGGUUUUUGGGAAUCCACAUACACGUCAGAAGGUCCUGUUGAUUCUAUGGAAUCCACAUUCCCUCCCACAGAAGGUUGGACGAGUGAAGACUAUCAUUCAAAUGAUUAUUUUCUCAUCUAAGACUAAGAUCUGCUGUGUAUCUAUGUAUUAAAAAUAUAUUUCACACAAACGA